AUGCACUUUGUACUUUUGUAUAUGGAAAAGGGAAUAUAUUUCAAGAAUAAUGAAGAAAUUGAAGAUUUACCAUUGGAAAUAAGAAUAUUAAAUGAUAAUGUUCUUCCGUUUAAUAUUCGACAACAACAACGUAUUGUUAGUCAAGUUAAUGAUAAUGUCAAUUAUACAUGUAGCAAAUGUGGCAAUAAAUAUAAAAGGGCACGAUCAUGGCGAAGACAUGAAAAAGAAUGUGGAACUGUACCAAAAUUUCAAUGUCUAAUUUGUUUACAACGAUUUAUGCGUAAACAUCAUUUAACUAGACAUUUGCGAAAUCUUCAUAAAGCUCAACCAAAAAUUAUUGAACAAAUUGUUCACGUAUUUCCGGAAUAAUGUGAAAUAUUUUUCGUUUUUUAUAUUAUAUAAUAUAUACACGUAACUUUAUAUGAAUGUGUAUCUAAUAUACAGGCCCAGAUAGCAUGUAAGAAUGCAGCAACCUUGCGGCAAGCUUACCGCGCAAUAUUGCCAACUUUGCAUGGAAAAAUUGCCGCAAUCUUGAAAUGUCCCACCUGACCCAAGCUUGCAUGGUAAGAUUGCCGCAAGGUUACGUGCUAUCUGGGGAGGGGGGGGUGAUUUUUAUGUUCUGGACCGUCUAAAAAAUUUUUUUUUAAAUUCCACUUUUUUUGUUUCAAAAAACGAUAAAAAUGGGAUUAAAAAAUUUUUUUGGAGGUCCACAACAUUUACUUAUUGAAACAUUCUCUACAAUCGUAAACUUUAUUUAGUUGUUAAAUGUAUGUUAAAAAAUUAUUUAAUAAAUCUACCUAUAUUACAAAAAGAUAUCGCCACCGCUGUUUCAAGACUCUGAAUAUAGCCGCAAAUCCCCCCUCCCCUCCCUCCAACCCCGUUGAGGGAGUGGAUUUCCUGCCAAAAAUCACCUAAAUUUAGAGGUUAUGUUCGUUUCAAAACUCUGAAUAUAGUCGCAAGCCCACCCCCCCUUCCUUACGUUGAGAGGGUGGUGGAUUUUCGGCCAAAAAUGAUCUAAAUAUUGAGGUUAUGUUAUUUUGACGGGAGACGUCAAAGAAACAAACGUAACUUCAAAAUUUAGGCAAAAAUUUGGCAAAAAACGGCCAAAAAACAAACAUAACCACAAAAUUUAGGUCAAAUUUUGGAGGAAAAAUACCAAAAAACGAACAUAACCUAAAAUGUAGGUCAAAUUUUGUCAGGAAAAUGAAAAAAAUUAGAUAAAUUUUGUUUUAAAAAUUAAAAAUAAUAAAAAUUAUUAUUAAUAAAAAUCAUAAAUAACAUUUAAAAAAAUAAAUAAUAAAAUAUUAAUAAUAGUUUUAAAUUCCAGAAAUUGGCCAAACAAACUCAAAAUAGGUCAUAAGGACAUCUACAAAAAAAAUAAAAAAAAACGGGGGGUUGGCGUAAUAUUAUAAAAAAAUAAUCAAAAAAAAUAUAAUUUUUUAACAAUAUAUUUUUUUAAUAAUUGAAAAAAGUUUACGAUUGUUAUAUUUUUUUUUUCGAAAAUUAUAUAACUAAAUCUUCUAAAAUUGUUAGAAAUUAUUUUUUAUUAAAUUUUUGUUUGCGUUAAAGAACCAUUCUUUAAGUUUGAUCUAUCUCAUUAAGUUAAUUUAAUAUUAUUAUACCGGAAAAAAUCAUUGAGGUACGAAGAAUCGAACCCGGGUUCGACGCACAGAAAUUGAGAACAUUAACCUACCAGCUAAGAUGAACAAGUGAUUGGAAAAAUAAUUUUCUGCUUUUUGAAUUAAUAUUGACACAUUUGUUUGGUAAUAAUAUUUUUCCGUGUAAUAUUGAGUUAACUUAAAAUGUUAAAUAAAAUACAAAAAAUAAAUAAUAAAGCAAAUAAAUAAAAAUAUCAAAUAUUUUUUUAAAAUAUUAAAAAAAAAAUUUUUUUAAUUUUUUAAAAUAUUUUUUUUAAACACAAAACUACGUUUUUUGUGAAUCCAAGCAAGUCAAAGUGCAAGAUUUUUGUAAAUUUUCAAUAAGUCUAUGUAUUAAGGGAAACAAUUUUAAUAUUCGAUUUUAGUUUUUGAAAUUAUUUAAUAUUUAAAUUGAAAUUUCUUGUUCUAAACUUACUGAAUUAUUUAUAAAUAUAAGCGAACUAAAAAGAAACCAAAUAAUCGCCAAAGAAAAAAAAACUAGAAAUUAAGGACGUAAAUCUUAAUUUCUUUAAAUAUUUUAGAUUCUCGGAUUAGUGAAUUUAAAAAAAAAUAUAUGAAUUGAAAUAAAAAAAUAAAAAUUUCUUUAAAAUUAAAUACUGAAAUAUAAUGCAAUAACUUUUUCUUACUAAAAUUUAGAAAAAAAUGAUAAUCUAUAUUUAUAUCUUCAAAAUAAUAAAACAAAGCGCAAACACAAAAAAUAGUGUAUCUAAUUAUAAUAGUUUAAUGAAAAUACAACAACACUUGUAUAUUAAAAUUUGUCAAUAAUAAAAAUGUAUUCUAUAUAUUGAGUCAAAUAAAUAAUAUUUGUCUUAUA